GCGCGGAAACAUAAAUGUUCUUGAGUCCCAAAAAUUUUACGAAUACAUAAAAACGAAAACGGUGGGAGCUUAACAUCGCAAUUAAUCACCAACAUUCAGCUCAGCCAGCCAUUUCCAGCAAAUUAAAUUGAUUGGCUAGUUUUGAAGUGACGAAAGAGAUGCAGACGACGAUCGAAUCUUUCUUCAAACACUCAUCUACUCCUCCAUCUACACCACAAACUAGCAAUUUUGAUGAUUUGUUCGACAGAAUUAGGGCACACAAUCACUCAGUCAUUCGAAUCAAAUACACCCGUCAACCCACCAGGGCUGGAGUAUCGACAAGUGAUGGAUUAACCUGGGAAGAAAAAUUAGAAGGGACAAAUAUAAAGAGGGAAAAAUCGAAAGGGAAGAUUUUGAACAAGAAGAGAAAGUAUGCGCAGUUUCAUUUGGAAUUGGGUCAGUCUGAUUUUCUUCUUCAUACGUGUAAAAUAUGUGGGAUGAAGUAUUCUAAAGGGGAUGAAAUUGAUGAGAAGGUGCAUGAUUCGUUUCACAAGAAUUAUACUCAUGGGAUUCCAUUUAAGGGUUGGCGCCACGAACGAUUGGUGCAUUUGCCGGCACUCGAAAGGGACCGUGUUAUCCAUGUCUUGAAUUGUGAUCCCCCGGCUCAACGGAAGAAGGUUCAAGAGAUUGUGAAGACAAUGGAGAUUGAACUCGGUGAUGGGUGGAUAUUCCAUGAGCUUUGUCAGGUGUAUUUGUUUAUAUCUUCACAAAGAGUUGCGGCUUGUAUGAUUGUGGAGCCAAUCAACACGGCGCACAAGCUCCUUUCAGACACGCUGCCAAAAAUCUCUGAUGGUGCUAGUGGAAAGGAAGUAAUACCUAAACCAAAGACGUUGCAGUUUGGAGAGAUAUGCUUUCGAAGGGAAGUUUCCAGAAAAGGCACUAAUCAUAGAAGCUCAGAGGCAAUGGAUUCUGACUUACUUGGAUCCAUUGUAUGUGAAGAGGAAGCUACACCUGCUUCUUGUGGCAUUAGGGCUAUUUGGGUUAGUCCAUCAAACCGAAGAAAAGGCAUUGCGACACACUUGCUGGAUGCUGUGAGGAAAAGCUUCUGUAUAAACUAUGUUCUUGAACGCUCGCAACUAGCAUUCUCUAAUCCAACCUCAGCAGGAAAUGCAUUGGCAACCAAUUAUACCGGGCAUCAUCUUUUAAACAAGGCUUCACUCGGCCUUGACAAGAAUUGGAGGGUUGUUGAAAAGUGUCCGGCGGCUCCUGCUGAGAAAUAUUACACUGUUGCUACCUUCUGCGCGAAAGCUUGUCGUGGUCGGUCGGCCAGCUUUGUGACUCCUUCUGCCGUUGUGGACCGAGGUGUUGUUCCUCGAGUUGUUCGAACAAAGGUUUCGGCAGCUGACCAAGCUACAUCCUCCGCCCAAGACGAAAUGACUACUGGCAGGUUUGCUUCUCUUCCUACCGGUCGUGGGGGACAUGCUACUCGGAAGAGGUCUUCCAGCCAGGCGAAGGCCAAUUCUUCCAAACGGUCGAAAAAUGACGCUGCGAAGACAGCGCAGGAGAAGGUGAAAGACGUCUACGCCAGCGUCGACAAGCCCUUGCAGACAUCUGGCGCUGGAAAGAAGAUCGCUGAACAGCCUGCUCAGUUGGUUGAGAUUUUGGAUGUCGACCUGUUGUCCAAACUGAACCGGAAGCAGGUGUUGAGCGAUUUGAUUAGCGAUCCGAUCCAUCCUGUGCCUGUGUCGAGGCAUAGUCCUUCCAUGAAUCGGUCUGCCAGCUCGGCCUCUAAGUAUGGGGUUAUAGUUCGUUCUGGGGGGUUUAUUGAGGACAAAACUGUUGUGCUGUCUCCGGAUACUCUUGCCGGUCUAGCUGUUGCUCCCGGUCAUGUUGAAUAGCACUGGCAGCCGCAGAGUGAUGUUCUGAGGGGUGAGUCUAUCCUUUUUGACCGUCCCAAAGACGGAGGUACACUGGGAUACCGGUCUCUACGCCAAGUUGUUACACCCGCCGACGGUAUACCCCAGGAGAUUGAGACGCCGGCUGCACAGUUGAUGCAUGACCUGUACUCGGUAUUUUACUUCCCUCUUUGACUUGCUUGUUUUUUAUACUUGCUUUUAUUUUCGGCUCUGAGCGAUUUUUUCUUUCAGGUGACGCAAUCUGCUACCGAGCUUGUGGAGUGCUAUCGGAGCUAUCAGCGUCGUUUAAAACGAUCGCAAGCUGAGAAAGAGAAGCUUCAGACUGACCUUGCUGAAUCGGUCAAGACUGAAGGUGACUGCCGGAAGGAGAUUGCGAGACUUGAGCUGGAUGUUAUUGCCGCAGGCAAGAGGAAGGCUGAACUAGAGCUUCUUCCAGCCAAGUUGACGGCCGAAGAGCAGAAGACGGCUGAGCUGCAGAUUAAGCUGGAUGCGGCGCUGCAGGCGGCUCAGGAUGCUGAAAAAGCUGCUAAGGAUGAUCGCAAGGCUGUGGCGCUGAAGGCUGUGCAGAAAUUUAUGAAGUCUGACUUCUACUGCGAGGAAAUGAGGGCGCUACAAUGGUGGGUGGACUGCAGCCCAUCGUUGUGCCGUCAAAGCCUUGACGCUGACUGAGGCUGCCUGGGGUAAGGUGGAGGGAUCCUAUGAAGAGGGUGGCCAUGUUGAUCCGACUGGCAUGGAGACCCAGACCUUCCCAGACAUCGUCAUUCAAAACGCUGACCCUCGCCUUCUGCCCGACAGGGAGAUUCCUGAGUCUGCUUACUGGAGUGAUGCAGACGGCUCAGCUUGACGGUCUUGGCAGUCAUCACCAGGCUCUUCCUGUGGUUCUUCCAACAGUUUUUUCCGGCCUCAUACUUGUUAAUGUCUGUUGGUAGCUUUUGAAUAUCAUUUAGCGGAUGUAAUUUAUAAACAAUUUCCUUUUUUGGUACCUCUUAGCUGUUUGUGGCACUUUGUCUUUUGCCGUGUAUUAACUGUUUCAAGAACGUUAUUUUCGUCUUGACUGCGCCGUCUGAGGCGUAUGUUUGUGCCUUUUAGCAGCUACUCACUCCGCAUUUAGUUAUUUUUGGGUGGUGGCUGUCGUCCCUGUGUUUGUUUAACAUCUAUGUGAUGCACUUGAUGGAUUAUC